AUGUCCGGCUCAGCAAGUGAGUUUUCCAAUACAGACGGCGCAACUGAGCCCCUCGAUACCAGUAUCAGUCGACCGGACACAUUUGCGGCCCACUCGAACGAAUCUGCCAGCAACAUGCAAGAAAGAAUUGCUCGCCAUUUCGAACCAGGUGAUACUCGAGCCACUUCCCGCCGCAUUUCCGAUACGCCUGAUUCGGCAAGAAGUCUUUUCCAGGCCGAUUCGGAUGAUGAUGAUGAACAAGACCGAUCAGGAAAUGGAUCAAAGUCUGUCUUGGAAACGGUGCAUGAAUACGUGGCUAAGGCCUUGGGGGGCGGGUCACGGGGUGGGUUUAAGCUGGUUGAUGAUAUGGUGUAG